UGACAGGCAUUGCCCUGGGUGAACUGCAGGCUGAAUGUGGAGGAAAAGACUGGAAUACAAGCCAUGAGAUUUACUUUGCAAAAGAGCUUGAGUCAAACAAAUGGAUGCCCCAAAAGCGUGUGGUUCGACAGGAUGUGCAGAUGUCGAAGGGGCUUAUCUGUCCUCCACAGAUCUUCAUUCUGCUGCACUAUAACCCUCACACACAUCGGAUCAAGGUGGCAGUCCUGAGGGCUGACAACUUGGAGAACCUCAUCCACACGUCAACUACAGCAGACUACCAGGUGAUGAUCAAGCUGCAUCACGACGGGCUUGUGAUCAGCAGCAGAGAAACAAAACAAACCUCGUUUGCUGUGUGGAACUCCUACUUCCUGUUUGACCUCCCCCCAGGAGACAUCAGUCGAUUAGCACUAAUGGUGGAGUUCAUAAUCAUACAGAGUCAUGCGCGGUCACAAUGUAAAGUUCUUGGUCGAGUCCUCAUCGGUGCAGAGGCUCCAGAUGUGGGACGUGCUCACUGGAGGGAUAUGUGCAAUCUCCAAGGGGAGCGCUCACGCUGGCACACAGUUCUACCAGAACCUUCAUAGAAACAUAGCAUAAUGAACUGUGAUCACCAUCCAAUAUGUCAACUUUAAAGGUCUAAUCAAGAGGAAAUGUUUUUUAUUUGUCUAUCAUGCAAAUGUAGCUAAAAUUUCAUUAAAAAAAUAUUUGAAAAAUU